AGUUACUACCCUACCCCCAGAGGUACCAGGAUGAUGGACAUAUCAAGGCUGACCAGGCGAUCACGAAUACAGCCCAGGUUUGUCGAUCAUCGACCAUCAAUUCCUCAGGCCUAGUCUUUGUUUGUGCCCCCCUGAGUCUGAUUGCUCCUUCAAAAGUACCGAUCGUCAGGUUUAAGAGACAGGCUGCUGCUUAAUCUGGUUCUCAUUGCGAAACUUAUCUAUCAGCGUCACCACUCCCUGAUCAUCUUAUCAAUUUCCUGAUCAUCUAACGUCAUAAUCUGAACGCAGGGGGGAAAGAAGAAAAAAAAUAAAGAUAAAAGAGCCCCACGUGUUGUUACAGACUGAAGCCGUUUUUUUUUUUUUUUUCUAGACCCUCAUCUAAAAAAAAUUUUCCCUUCUUCUACCUAUUUUCUUUACUCUUAUCACGCCAUUCACUCCCUCGAACUACCAAUACCAUCACCACCAUCUAUCAAGCCGCCCACUUGGAUCAAAUCCUCCCCCACCGGAUCAGCCCACAACAGGAAAAUCUUCGCCUUGUUUUAUCCCGCGCAGAAAAUCCGAUAUCUUUACCGAUCCUCCUUAGAAAAAAAAAAUAUCUACAUCCCGUAUAGAACUUAAACAGCCGGCCAUCCCACUCAGCCGUCCCCCAACGCAGCGACUUAUCCACCAUACACCGACAUCUACAAUGGACCCAAGAGCACAAAUCUCAGGCAACAACAACCACAACAAUAACAACAUGGCCACAACGCAACAACCGCUCCUCACCACCUCACCUCAGCCUCACAACCCGCUCAGCCUCGCACCCAAGCAACCAAUCCCGUCCUCCGCACCCAGCAUACACGAGCGAUCAGCAUCGCACCAUCCCCACACGCAGCCGUCCCAAUUGCCAGAAGCCAGCGGUCAACAGCAGAAUGCAAUGGAAAGCUAUCCGCACCAGGUGUCCGGAUCGGGGGGGCCGACCGCUACGGCGCCAUUCUUGCGGGACUUCAGCCUCGUCGCGGAGGCGGCCAAGCGCGCCCAGAUGUCGGUUAUGAUGCGGGAUUUGGAGGCGGUAACGCUAUAGAUCUGGUUGCGAUGCCGCUCCUGCGGGAGGUGUGGGUUUUUAUACGGGGGGUUUGUGUGACGUGGGCAUCGGGCCGAAGUUCGUCUCAUACAGCCUGAGAUCGUGGUCGGGUUUUUUUGGUUAGAUGAUGGUGAUGGUGAUGGUGAUGGUAUAGAGGACAACGUUUCGUCUCGUCUCGUCUCGUCUCGUCUUUCUGUCUAGAGGAUUAUUCCUUGUCUCUUGGUCUAGAUCGGGCAUGGAUGGUUGGAUCGGUCCGGUACAACCGCGACCAAAUCGAUUGAUUCAUCGAUUUCUUGGUGUGGGGGAUGAGUUUCACUCCCCUUUAUCUUCUUGGUUCUUUGUGCGGACGGGUGUUUCUUUGUUUGUUUGAAGCCAUUUUCACUUAUUUUUUCGUACGGAUUAGAGCGAUUAUACUUUUGGGCGGAUGGAACCUGGCCGGCGUUUGUGUCUGUUUCUUUACUUUCUUUAUACCAGAGUGUCUGUAAUUGGCUGACUUGGGGGGGGGUUAAUGAUAUCGGGCAAGAACACGAAGUCUGUUUCAUGAAUGAAGCCAUAUAAAUUAUUACACAUACAAUAAACCCAGCAUAGAUCAGAUAGAUUGAUCCUCGCCUACUAUGUAUCUGUACCUGUACCUGUA